AUGAUCGUUCAUCUAACAUGGCGGUUAUUAAUUUUCUCCAACAACUGUGAACAAUUUUGUUGUUGCGAUUUUUUUAUGUAGGUACCUACAUCUAUUAAACCUAUAUUUUUAUUAUUAUUUCAAUAUAAAUUAUUAUUUUCAUAUCUCCACAUUGUUAAGUUUGUAUCUGUGAAACGUAUUAAAGUACCUAGUUGAGAUUCGUAAUCAAGUAAAAUGAGUUCUACAUCUACUGCACUAUUCGCCUGUUCCCGUUGUUUCUCGAGGCAUCCUUUCGAAGAAUUGUCUCCUGGUGAACAACUGUGCAAGGAAUGCCGUGGCUCGUUCCCGGUGGUGAAGUGCACAUAUUGCCGCUCGGAGUUUCAACAAACAAGUAAAUCUAAUACAUCUUCAAUAUGUAAGAAAUGUGAGGCUAACGUCAAGGCCUAUGGCAAACCAACAGCAUGUGAAUAUUGCAACAUUAUCGCUGCAUUCAUUGGAAACAAAUGCCAACGCUGCGCAAAUUCUGAGCGCAAGUAUGGUCCCGCAGUGACUUGUGAGCAAUGUAAGCAAAGAUGUGCAUUUGACAGGCAUGAUGACAGUAAAAAGGUGGACGGGAAGUUGCUCUGCUGGCUCUGCACGCAAUCACUGAAGCGAGCAUUGGCCAGAACGAAACAGCACUUGUCUUCAGUGGAUAAACAUAAACAUAGGGCACACAAAUCAAAAAGCAGUCACAAGGAGAAACGCAAGUCGGACAUGAUAAAAGCAAAUGCAAAUGAUUCCUCACUCAAUGAUGCGCCAUUGGAAAAGAAAUCAAAACUAAACCCCUUGCAAGGUUUGUUCUCAGGCGAAUUAGACCCAAAUAGUUCUGAUCAUGUGGUGGCCAUGACACAACUGAAGGAAACCAUCGCUAGCUUACAGAAGAAAGUUCAACAGAAGGAUAUGGAGCUACUCUCAAAGGAUAAAUUGAUAACGGAACUGAAAGCGCAGCACCACAACGACACCACAGACCUGCGCAAUGAAAUGAAGAACAAGGAACGUUUGAACGAGACGCGCUUCAAUCUCAUGAACACGAAGAUACAGAAUUUGUUAAAGGAAGUGGCGACUCUCAGCAAAUCCGCCAAAAAGAACAACAAGAAUACUAAAUCAGCUUUGGUUAACGCUGAGAACAGCGGCAGCGGCACAGACAGCCCCAGCACUACCUAGAUCAAUCUUAUUUAUUCGUUUUUAGCCAUAAUUUUGGAAAGUUUUUUCCUAUCUUAUUUUUUUACCCUACAAAUGGUUUCAUUUGUAGCCUUUAUACCGUUAAGCAGAACUAGGUAUCAAUUUUAACUUGAAUUUAGAUUUCGUAAGUGCGUGUGCGCAUUCUUUUUGUUUGACGUCAAACAUGCUAGAGGUAAGUGCAAACUGAUGCUGGUCGGAAGUGUAUGCGUGAAAGGGACACAGGAUGUGUAACCAAAAUUCGUAUUUGUAUAUUUUUUUACGCUUUUUUUAUAAAGUAGGAAACUAAAUUGUAGUUUGAUAUCAGAAUUAAUGUGAUUCAGUAAUUUAUUUCUUGUUAUUUUGUAACGAUUAUGGUGAAUGAAUGUAAUGUUAUUGAAUUAAAUCUACGAAGAUAAUAAAGCGAUCAUAUCAUUUUUCCGUUUAGUUGUCGCUGUUAAGUGUAGUCUCAAUGAUGACGAUGUAGCCUUUAUUCGAAAUAAUAUAGAUACACAAUUGUACAAAAGUAGCUUUGACAAGAAAAUAAUACCAAAAAAUAUAUAGUAGUGUUAUAUGUAAUCUCAUAUUGCCUUACUUUCAUAUAUGUAACGAUCAAACAUUUUCAUUCACAGAAUUAUUAAUGUAGAUAAUUGAGACGUAUUAUGCGUUAAUAAAAGAAAUAUAAUAUUAAAUUCACAAAUCAACUAUAAAUCGUGAAUCUUUUUCGACUAAAAUAGAAAAGUCCUCUAUUUUAUUCGAACUUUCUUUUGACAUUUAUAUAAUAAUAGGACAUUAUUUCAAUCGUAAAAUCGCACUCCGGAUUAGGUAAUAAUCAUUAUCUUUGCGGCCUCGCUCUACUAAUAUGAAUCGAUAUAAUUAGUAAAUCAACAUCCCUUAUUCCAUUGUCUCGUGAUAUGCAAUUAGAACAAUAUUGUAAAUCAAAAUAAAUGUUUAAAAAUA